UUUUCUCUCCCACUCUGUCUAACUUUUUCUCUGUUUUAAGGGAGAUAUUGUUACAUGCAUUAAGAGGCAAUUGACAAGGCAAGACCUCUGGGUAUGUGACAGGGCAAGACCACAACUGGAGGACUUUUAUCCAAACUUUGGCUACAUAUUUAUCCUGAGAAGGGGAGCUGUCACGCAGUUAACAUGCACCAGAAUGCGGCCCUUCAGUGCGCUGGGCUCAUGGUGAUUUUCAGUUUAGCGGCUGGUUACCUGACUGAGGAGCAGAAAUCAACCAUCGUGAACAUGCACAACGAACUCCGAUCGCAGGUUCAUCCCAGCGCUGCCUUCAUGCAGAGAGUGGUGUGGGAUGAGAAACUGCGUUUGGAGGCGGAAGCAUAUGCAUCAAAAUGUAUCUGGAAACACAACCCUCGACUUAAGGAGCUUUCUAUGGGAGAAAAUCUCUUUGCCAGCACUGGACCAUUUAAUGCAACCAACGCAAUGCUGGACUGGUUUGGAGAGCAUGUGGAUUAUGACUAUGAAAACAAUGUCUGUCCUGAAGAAACAAUGUGUGGCCAUUACGCUCAGAUGGUGUGGGCGAAAAGCAAUAAAGUUGGCUGUGCUACUUAUUUAUGUAACACUAUUAAGGGUCUGAGUAUUGAAAAUAGCACUCUGCUUGUCUGCAAUUACUUCCCUCAAGGAAAUUUUGUGGGACAAAGACCAUAUGAGUCUGGAGAAGCAUGCUCAAAGUGUCCAGACAACUUACCAGUUUGUGAGGAGAAGAUCUGUGUGGCUGAGAACUUGUUUUCAUCGGAGGAGGCAGUGUCUGAGGACACAGAACAUUCGACUGUCUCACCUGAGGAUCUGCUCACUACAAAGCAGCACACCACUGCUCCUGUAGAGCCCACAAAGGUGCACAGGAGAAUGGAUGAGUCAAGUGUGGAAAGAGAGAUGGCUGGAUCAGAGAUACAGAAAGCCUCUGCCCCUCUUCUGCUGGUCGUCUGGCUGCUGGCAGCUCUCAUUUUGUGAGGGUUUGGAAUAAAUUAAAUCCUUCUGCACCUGACAUACAAAACAGAGUGUUGUGACAUACACUUAAACACAAAACAAACAUACAAUGUUUUCAAGGUGUGUUCCCAGUUUAAAGGUGAAGUAUGUAUUCUCUGCGCCACUAUCGGCUCCAAUUGAAAAACAAGACUGCUUUCAAAUGGGUUUACAGAAAACAUCCCCCAUAUCCGGUUGGACAAACAGUUAGUUCUGCCCCAAACUAAUGCCAUUCAGCCAAUAUUGUUAUAUCAAGCUGCUUGAGAUGCUCGAACAAACAGAGCAAUGUUUUGAUAGCGUCACAGAACCACAGUAUGACUUUCUUUCUUCUGCUGAACUCAAAUGAAGAUUUUUUAAAGAAUAUCUCAGCUCUGUUGGUCCAUACAAUGCAAGUGAAUGUUAGUGAUGGCAGCUUUCGAAACACUGCUUCAUAAAGCUUCUAAACCUUUUCAAAUCAUUUGUUUCGAACCAAUGCUUCGGAGCGCGUAUCAAACUGGCCAAGUCACGUGAUUUCAGCAAACGAGGCUUCGUUACGUCAUACAGUUCCUAAACAGUUUCUAAAUGUUUUGCGGUUACGCUAAGGGGCGUUGAUCCUACAGUGAAACACCGAAUCAGUGUUAAAUGCAGGUUGUAUCUGUUCUCGAGUCAGUUCAGCAAUAACUUAGGUUGAUAAAAUCAGAACGUUUCAAAGAAGAGUUGCUGAUUUGAAUUCAGUCAUUUUAAUUUCCCUGUCGAUCACCUUGUGGUUGUGUUCCCAAAGGAAAGAAAACCAAAAUGUUGUGUUUGUGAGAAAGAAAUUUAAGAGAUACAUUGAGAUUUUGUAACAUUUAAAGCAUUUUACAAAAGGUGAAUCUGGAAUUUCAACUAUUGUACACGAUAACACGUUUUUUUUACUUAGUACACCCAAAUAUGAAGCGCUAGAAUGCUGCAUAGAGUAGUGGUUAACGUAAAUGUUAUCCACACGACUCCAGUGGUUUAAUCCAUGUCUUCUGAAGCGAUAUGAUAGGUGUGGGUGAGAAACACGUCAAUAUUUAAGUCCUUUUUUACUAUAAAUCUCCACUGUCAUUUCCACAUUCUUCUUCUUGUGUUUUUGGCGAUUCACAUUCUUUAUGCAUAUCGCCUCCUACUGGGCAGGAAAGACAAUUUGUAGUAAAAAAAAAAAAAAAAACUUAAAUAUUGACCUGUUUCUCACCCACACCUGUCAUGUCACUUCAGAAGACAUGGAUUGAACCACUUUCGUGCUGCCUUUAUGUGCUUUUUGGGCCUCCAAAGUUUUGGUCAACAUUCAUUUGCAUUGUACGGACCUACAGAUCUGAAAUAUUCAUCUAAAAAUCUUCAUUUGUGUUCUGCAGAAGAAAGAAAGUCAUACACAUCUGGGAUAGCGUGAGGGUGAGUAAAUGAUGAGAGAAUUUUCAUUUUUGGGUGAACUAUCCCUUUAAAAGACAAAUGGGAUGCCUAAUAAGUUUUUGAGGUUGCCUUAAAUAUUCUUUUUUUUUUUUUUUUUUUUUUUUUUUAAACCUUGUACAAGAUUGUGUAUCUUUAGUGAUAUUGCUCUUGCCUGACAUUUGUCUUUAGAGAUGCACAACAGACCCUGAAUUUUCUUAACUCAUUAUCUACAAAGACAGGAACAUGGACGGAAAUGGCACUAAUACAUAUGCAAAACACACCAGAAACUCAAGACACAAAUCAUACAGGGAGGUGUUUGAGAUUUGGUCUUAUUAGCCAGAUAACUCAAAGCAUAUACAACUGAGUUUUCCUCACAUGCUUAGGGUCAAAUUCCUAUUGGUUUCUCUUUAAAUUUAACCUCUCUUUUAAUUCAACAUCAGCUUUUUAGUUAAAUGAAGCCCUGGAUAAAAUCUUUUCUUAUGGUUUUUAGAUAAUCUCAUGCACGUGGCCAUUUUCAGAUCAUCUAUUCAUCUCAAUGUUUUCAAGUUUACUGUAAGGGAAAUGCGUUUUGCCUCAUUAUUUUCAUAGCUUGAAUUUAUACUGUUUGUGUAGCAUUUGAUGCAGCAGACAUAAUGCUUUUGCAUGACAAUCAUGCUUCUAUAUAUAUAUAUAUAUAUAUAUAUAUAUAUAUAUAUAUAUAUAUAUAUAUAUAUAUAUAUAUAUAUAUCGCUUUAUAGUUAAUAAUUGAAUAACUAUUACAUUUGUACAAAGCAAGAUCAGUUGUAUCCCUUGCAAAUGUCCUGAAUAUGACAUGUAUUGAAUGUAUAUUUAUCUGUUUACUUUGUAGUUGUGUUAAAUUCAACGGCUUGAGGAAAAAAUGUGAAGGGAAAAACUGGAAUAGAAAAGCGUAAUUGAACUGGAAUGUUUCCAGUCCUGGUUUAUUUAAGGAUUUAUUCAUUAGGAUAACAGACCUGAAUGAUGAACGCUGAAUGAUAUUAUAAAUAAUAUGAAUAUUA